AUGUGACGACUCACGGGACAGAACACGGCAGCCAUGGCAACACACGGCAGCUGACAGCUGGAGACAUGAACAUAUUCACAACUUUCUCCCAAACUUUUCAGGUGUUUAUUUGAGAACUAUGGUUGUUAAAACAUGUUGUGAAGUAAGAUACUGUCUUUUACUGUAGCAUACGUUUGACAGGUCGUUGACACUAAAAGAACGAGCGUCAUGCUUAAAUGAGAUUGGCAUUGCAUUAGCUAGAAUGCUAACUAAGCUGCUAGUUAGUUUGCUUCUCAUGAUGUCAACAACAUGAUCGUCUGCUGGUAAUCCUGCCGAUUUGUUCACUACCAUGUCCGGGGAGAGAGCUCCUUUGCCCGCCGGGGGGAACAGCCUCCUCAGGGGGAACCGGACACGGUCCUACGGUAGUUUGGUACAGUCUCCUCUCUCUCCGGUUCACCAGAGACGCAUUGAACACAGCAUUCAGCCCGGAGACACACUGCAAGGCCUGGCCCUGAAAUAUGGAGUUUCUAUGGAGCAAAUCAAAAGAGCCAACAGGCUGUACACCAAUGACUCCAUAUUCUUGAAGAAGUCCUUAUCAAUCCCCGUGCUGUCCGACUUGGACCACUGUAGUGACGGUGGGGACUUGUUUGAAGAGGACGGUGCUGGCUCUGUCUCCAAACAAAACGGGCACACGAAGAGCUCCUCAGAGAGGAAGCAGAACGAUGGCAGUGAAAGAGCGUCUGACCUUACUCCAGUGGAUUUCCUGAAACGAUUGGACGACUUGAUAAGUCAGUCCAAGCAGGCCGCCGUCAAAGGAUGUCAGGAGGCAGAGAAGAGGAUGGCCUCUAUAGAAGCAGCUUGCACCAGCGAGGCCUCAGACUGUCGGCCGCUCACGAGGUCACAGAGCGCCUUUUUAUCUUCCAGAACGCAGCAGGCGUCCAUGCGGCCUGUACCCCUCUGUAUCACCAAACUCACCAAGAAACUGAGAGACCGGGAGGAUGAGAUCUUCCAGCUGUGACGCGCUGUUCCUCCACGUCGCGGGAUCUGAACCUUUCAGAACGAGGGAUAUAUCUCCAGUGGUCCUGCUGCUGUACGCCAUUUUUAUAGAACUUUAUAAUAGUUACCCUGUAUUUAAACAUGAAUAUUGCAUUUAUGUAUCUUUCUUAUUUAUUUGUAGAGAAAUACUGUAGCUUAUUUAAAGCUUCGUAUGGCUAAUAGCACAAACGUUAUCUUCUCAAUCAGGAAACGAGAGCGUGAAAUGUUACAAAAUGUGAAUGUCACGUUGCAUCGUUCAUAUGACUCCUCCUAUGGUCGACUCAACUAUGUGUAAUCUGAGUCUGAUAAUGCAGCGUUGGGUAAGUCUUCUGACUAAAGCCUUUAGCCAUUUAUGAAUCACUGGGAACUUUUUCAUUGUGGAGAUUAGAGGCUUAGACUAACGUAGCAAAGCUUAGAAAGAGACGUGUGUUUUAGAAUGUAUUUUGAUAGCAUUCGUUUUAUACAUUUGAGUUCAUUUCUGUUAUCGUUUUAGAAUAAAAAUAAUGUUUUGAUCCAGAAAAAGAUAUAGACACAUUGUCCACCCUUUCUUGAAAAGAUGUAUUUUAUUAGAUGCUUUCUGUAACUUCAUAAUUAUACAUUUUCCACUAAAAAAACAAGCUAAUCUA